AAAAAAAAAAAGAAAAAGGAAAAUACCAUCUUCUUCAGUUCUUCUUCCCCAAAUAUCAGAAUCUAGGGGUUAAUCAAUGGAGAAGAAAUCAGAAGAAUCAGAAGAUGACUAGUACACUGGACUCCUUCAUCUCUUCAUCAGUCUCGCCUUUGCCGAUCAAAUUAUUCCAGCUCAUCCUGGGGCAUGUUUCAGUCGAACUUCUCCAGAACCGAAGUAUAAGAUUGAAUUCCAUCCAGAAGACGCACCUUUUCGCCCUAUAAUUGGUUGCAUUCCUGAGUAGGAUGAGGAUCAAGAAUCUAUGAUUAUGCCAAACAAAAAUGGGGAGAAAUUUAUCUGCUUUCUACCUCGAGCGCAGAAAGCUGGUUUAUCAACAGAAUACCAGCAGUUUGAUCUUGGAGUCUGAAAGACGCAUCAAAUUGAAGACACCAGAUGAGCUGCUCGAAGUUUUGAAAGAUCGUUGCUUUCUCAGGCAAGAGGGGUGGUGGUUAUAUGAAUUCCUGUCAUCAGAAGAAGCUUCGUCAAAUUCAUGUGGAGGAUGAUAAGGUGGUGCAAGAUUAUAUUUUGGGAGUAUAUGAUGCUGAAGCUACUGAAGCUUACGACCAAAACCGAUCGGACAUCUCAACUCUAGAAGAUCCUUGCUCAAAUGAUGCAUCACAAAGGUGUGAUUUUAAACUUUCUACUUGUAGGAUAAUGUCAACACCACAGAAACUCUAUCACCCUUAUUCACAUAUUUUCAAGACAGAAUUAUUGUUUGUACAGCCUAAUAUUUUUCAUUAAUCUUGCAAGUACCAUGCUCAUCAAUUUACAAAUGGAACUGCGUGUGAUUUAACAAAUACACCUCGAGAAAUAGAGGUAGAAACAUAUUUAACUAGGGUGUUUCAUAAAUGAACAUAUUAAGUUCUUCCUAAUUCUGUUUACAGAUAAUUUUGGAGUCCAAAGACAUAUGGUUUUUACAAAAAGUGUAAUCUUUGAAUCCAAAGAUGAAUAUGAUCUCAAAGACAUGGUUUUUACAAAAAUUGUUUUUUUUUUUAAUCCAAAGAUGACAUGGUUUUUCCAAAAAGUGUAAUCUUUGAAUCCAAAGACGAAUAUGAUCAGGAUGUUUAGGAAACAACCUUCAACCUCCUUAUAUAUUGUUCAAAUCCAGCUUUGACUGUGAUCAUGAUGUGGAAUAUUAUGAAACCCUUAGUUUUUCUUUUGGAAAUACUUUUUUGGAAAUUAAUAGACAUUGUUAUUAAUAUAAAAUUAGGAAAUUUUAAUUAUUAUUGCUAUAAAAUUAACUGAGACUUAUUUAAUUUUAUAUGAAUAGGGUUACAUGAAAGAAUUAGGAAACUCUAAUAUUAUAUUAAUAAAUAAACCUCCAAAUUCAAAUUGGUUUAGGUUUCUUAGAUCAGGGCCCUAAGUUUGCCUAUAAAUACAAAGCCAAUGUGUCUUAAAAUCUACAGAGCAAUUCUCCUUCUUCUUUCUUUCUGUCUCUCCUUUUCUUGCUUACAAAGAAAGGGCCAAAAGCCUAUACAAAGUUAUUCUUCUUCUUCUUGUCUUCUUUGAUUUGUUCCUUUUUUUAACAAAGAAAGAGGCAAAGCCUAUAUAAAUCCUUUUUUCUAGUUUGUUGUCACCAAUUUUCUUUUGUUUUUCAAUUUCUAUUAUUGAUUUUACUCUAAUGGCUUUUGAACAACACCAAGUUCCGGCGCCGGUUGCCAGUUUGCACAGAAAACAUGGCAUGACCGGAGAUGUUAACUCGAUGCCACCCAAGAAACCCAAGGUGGAGAUGCCAGAGCUGCCAAUUCCGGCGAUCCCAGUGUCGUCCUAUAACCCUUUUGUUUACAGGAACCAACAGUUAUCUUCUCCAUGGUCAGCAGGACCGCCGGUGCCGAGAGUCCAACCGUUCCAGAGCGCACCAACGAUUCCUCCAGCUGAUAAGAACACACCAGUACAAAUGAUGAAUGCAGCCACAGUGAAUUCGGAGCCCAAUCUUGGAGUUCGACGGUUUCGUCCCGCCCUUAGGGUGGUGCAUCCACAACCGAACACAACCACUCCAGGAACAGAGUGUAAUAACAAUGCCUCUGCCACCGGCACAGCGAGGCCACUGCCACCACCUAAACCUGCCUCCAAAACAGGAGCGGAGUGUAUUAGCGAAAAGCGGUUCUGGAAGGCCGGGGACUACGAGGGUGCACCAUCUGUUAAUUUGAAUUGGGAAGCCUUAGCCGGGUCCGAUCAUAUUAGGGUUCAUCCAAGAUUCUUGCAUUCGAAUGCCACCAGUCAUAAAUGGGUUUUGGGAGCAUUCGCUGAACUUAUGGACAAUUCAAUCGAUGAAGCCCGCAAUGGAGCAACCUUUGUUAACAUUGAUGUGAUCAAGAACAAGAAAAGUGGGGAUAGAAUGCUAGUUAUUGAAGACGAUGGCGGCGGUAUGAAUCCCCAAAGGAUGCGUGAAUGUAUGUCUCUGGGAUAUUCAUCAAAGAGCAAAAUGGCUAAUACAAUUGGGCAGUAUGGAAAUGGAUUCAAGACAAGCACAAUGCGGCUUGGAGCAGAUGUGAUUGUUUUUUCCAGAUUUCCUGGCAAAGAUGGAAACAAUGCAACCCAAAGUGUUGGAUUACUUUCAUACACAUUCUUGAGAUGCACCAAGAAGGAAGAUAUUGAAGUUCCAAUGCUUGAUUAUGAAAGAAAGGGCCAAUCUUGGACGAGGAUUGUGAGGGCAACAUCUUCCCCUGAUCAGGAUUGGAAUAACAAGAUUGAUACUGUAGUACAAUGGUCUCCCUUUUCAAGCGAAGCAGAUCUUCUUGAACAGUUCAAUGAUAUAAAAGGUCAUGGCACCAGAAUCUUUAUCUAUAAUUUGUGGGAUUGUGAUGAGGGAGUAUUGGAACUUGACUUUGAUUCUGAUCCCUAUGAUAUUCAAACAAGAGGCAGGGAGGAGAAGGAGAGCAACAUACAAAUGGCGCAGCAGUAUCCAAAUUCCAAACACUUUCUGACUUACCAAUAUUCAUUGAGGAGUUACGCAUCCAUUCUAUAUCUCAAACUUCCAAAGAACUUUCGGAUGAUUUUGCGUGGAAAGGAAGUUGAUCACCACAACAUAGUGGAAGAUAUGAUGAUGAUCCAACGGAGUACUUAUCGCCCGCAGCAAAAUCAAGAUAGUAAUGCUGCAUUCAAAGAUUAUAGAUUGGUUGCUGAUGUUGCUGUUGGUUUCGUAAAGGAUGCAAAAUACCAUAUUGAUGUUCAGGGAUUCAACGUUUAUCAUAAGAACAGACUGAUCAAACCAUUCUGGAGAGUAUGGAAUCCUGCUGGAAGUGAUGGACGAGGUGUUAUUGGGGUAUUGGAAGCCGAUUUCAUUGAACCAGCUCAUGAUAAGCAAGGAUUCGAGCGCACAGAAGUUCUUAACAGACUUGUGUUAAAGUUGAAGGAAAUACAGAGGAAUUACUGGAAAUCACGCUGUCAGGAAAUUGGCUAUGCUCCACGGAGAAACAAGGGAUCUGCUAGUGAGAGAGAUGAGCCAGAAGAUGAGCCUGCUAAUAAUAAUGAUUUGAAUGUUUCAGCCCCUGUUUCUGGAAGAAUGAUUACUUCGACUUCAAAUGCAGUUCCUCCUAUUAGCCAGAAUGGAAACACAGGGAAUUUGAAUGUUGGAACCAGGAUGAUGGCGAAUAAUGUUGUGAAUGAUCCUGGAUCACAUUGCCAGAAUCCACUUCCCACAAAGACAGUGAAGCAAGAAGACAGCGUGCCCAGGAUUGACGAUCAUAGACUGAGCCUGACUGGUAUUAUGUCCAAUCAUCAUGGGAGACCUGCACAUUUAAAUACACCAUUACCGCCAAAGUUUCAGCUUUGGAAAAACAGCAAUCAAGUUCCACCUGCAAGGCCGAUGGCGAAAGAGAAUAACAACGUUCAAAAGCCUACCGAGAACAAAACAAACAUAGGCGCGGAGAAUACUGGAGCUGCUGCACCACAAAGGGUAUCCUUGUUGGAUGAAAUAAAGAAGUUGAGAGCAGGGGUGCGGAAUUUGAGAGAAGAGAACUGGAAGUUAAGAGAAGAGGUAGGGGAUUUGAAGGGAAGAUUGAAGAUGGAAGAUGGAGAGAUAUUGGGUGAGGAUCCGGUGAAAGAGUUGGAAGCAGAAAAGAACAAAUCCAAGUCCUUAGAGACUCAGCUGUUGGAAGCAAACAGAAAGAUUGAAGAACUGGUGAAGGAACGAGAAACAGCUACCCGAAAUUUUGAAGAGCUGAAGAAGGGACUAGAAACUUUGAGAAAUCUGCAUUGA